AUGUCAUCAAGUACGAUUCCAUCAGCACAAAUGGACAGUAGUAGCAAUUCUUCAACUCAUGAUAGUAGUCAUAAUGUUUCCGAUGUUCUCUUGUAUGCCGAAUCCAAAAUGACGCGAAAACAAGCCGUAAGUGAAAUAGCUGAUGUCGUCUUACGUGCUAAUAUGAAGCCGAGAACAGUUAAACAUGCUCUACAACUAUUGAAAGCUCUUUUACCACCCGGAAAUACUCUGCCAACUACAGUUAACGAAUUAUUUGGGGCAAUGCUAUCAUCGGAAAAUGAUUGGCGUUUAGCACAAUACUUAAUCAAACACAAACAGCGACCAGCAUUUCUGUCGGGAUUAUCUACAGGAUCGUCACCUCAUGUAUGGAGUGACUACUCCAAUUCUGCUACGUCUCUAACGGCUGCAAGUUCAUCGUCAGUACCAGUGAACCAGUCACUGAAUAUACCAAUGCAAUCAUCUCCUUUAUUCUUACCACUCAGCAACAACAGCGGUAGUAGCAGUAGUAGUAGCAGCAGCAGCAGUAGUAGUAGCGACAGUGACAGCGAUAAUGAAAAUAGUAGUGAAUCCUCCUCCUCGUCAUCAUCAUCAGAAUCUGAGGCUGAUGAUGAUGACGACGACGACGAUGAUGAUGACAAUGAUGAUGAUGAUGAAGAUGAUGACGAUGAAAGAAAUAUACUUCGAGUUCUACAAGAAGCUCAACAACAACGUCGUGAAAACGCAUCAACAUCUUCAUCGUCACCAUCUGUGCGACCAACCACUGAAAGUGCAGAAGUCGAUAACAGUUUAAAUCGUGUAACAUCAAACAACCAUAGUGAAUCAUCCGAUCAACGAUCUCAAAUAGUCUCUAGUUCAUUCAAUCGAUUUCCAUUUCUUGGCUCAUUCAAACGUCAACGAAGUGAAACUUCGUCGGACGAAUCGGAUAGUGAAACUGAUUUAUUCUUUCAGACACACAUUCAAAAUAAUCAGGCAAAUGAUGACGACGACGACGACGACGACGAUGAUGAUAGUGAUAGUGAUGAUGAAACAACGUUUUAUUCAAUAGCUAAUAAUAAUACUAAUAUCAAUAAUACCAAAUCGCGAUGUUUCGAAAUGAACGGAUGUGAUUUACUAGAUGGUGGCAAACGACGUCGACAUUUGUAG